UGUGUGUGUGUGUGUGUGCAUGUGUGUGUGUGUACUUGUGUGUGCGCGCGCAUGCACCCAUCAGUCUUAGUUCAUCUUUGGGUUUUCUUGUUGUUUUUUUUUUUGUGUGGGAGUAUGUUACAUGAAACCUCAACCAAUCAUAUUGUCUGACCAGUGCGUGGGGCAUCACUAUAAACUGUGUGAGUGUAUGUGGACCUAGGUGUGAGAGAGAGAGUGAGAGCACUGGUCAUUCUUCCAUUGUCUAGAGAGAACAACUGAAAAACCAGAGCGAAAACAUGAAGACCUUAGCCAUCCUCAUCCUCUGUGCUCUUGCAUAUGUCUGUAUUUCUGCAAGUACCGGGGCUUCAGACUCUACUGUCAGCAAGUCUGACUCUCCCAACGAGGAAGGUGUGUUUGUGCAGAGGGACCAGGCUGCUACCCUCAUGAGGCAGAAGCGUGCUGGCACCACUGACCCUGCCAGCCUGUCAUUGACCCAGCUGGAGAGCCUGAGAGAGGUGUGCGAGGCCAACCUGGGUUGCGAGGACAUGAUGGACACAUCUGGAAUUAUUGCCGCCUACACUGCAUAUUAUGGACCAAUCCCUUAUUAGAUCAUCAUCUUGUCAACCAAUCACCUUACAGUUGGCCUAUCCAUCCUAUGGCUGACCAUGUUAAGACGUUAAUGUAGAUUGGAUGCAUUGUUUAAAGAAUAUUGCCACAGAAUUAUAGCCUUAAAUGCUAUAUUUGACUGUACUAAAAUGUAUCUGCAACUCU